AUGGCGAACUUACUGAAUGACGUCGAGAUAGAUCGACUCUUGUCAGAGGCCGAGGAACGUCUCCGAGCGAAGACUACGCCAGGGCUUUCCGCCUCGAACAAUGAAGAGAUCAGUCUGCACAACGGUGAGCUGGAGAAAGCCACAGUUAGAAAAAUGCUCCCCAAGCUCCAGCAUAACUUGAGUCAGACAACUUACAUCAAAGAUCACAGUGGUGUUGCGCAGGCAAAUCCCCAACUUGCGGUGGCCAAGGACCAGAGACAAUUAGCCGACAGGAUGAAAAAACUUGAACUCCCUGGAAAGUCGAAAAGAAUUAAUGACCAAGUGUCUGCUGGUCCGGACUGGUUUGACCUCCCAAAGACGGACCUGACUCCCCAGCUCAAGCGCGACCUCCAGCUCAUCGAGAUGCGAUCAGUCCUGGAUCCCCACAGACAUUAUAAGAAGAACAACCGGAGAGGAAAGAUACCAACGUUUUCCCAGACCGGGACCGUCAUCGAGGGUCCAACAGAAUUUUUCAGCGCAAGAAUUAACAAGAAAGACCGUUCCAAUAACUUCGUGAACGAGGCCAUGGCGGUGGAACAAGAGACGGGACGCUUCAAACGGAAGUACGCAGAGAUACAGGACUCCAAGACAAGUGGCAAGAAGGCUCACUACAAAAAGCUCAUGGCCAAGCGGAGGAAGAAGCCUUGA